GAUAGAACGUAUUGGUAUUAAUAUGACAACACUACUUUCCACGACAAGUUUUAUGGACUAUAAACUCACUGACCUCGAGAAAAGGACGACCAGAGCUCUAGACGCGGUAUCUAUUUCUUUUUAUGUCAAUAGAGUAACAUGUUGAAAAAAAUGCCAGAGCCAAAUGCUUGGUCGAAGUUGACUGUUUCGACCUAAAUGAUCCAAGAUAAGAAAACAUGACCUAGAACUUGCAGUUCUGCUUCACCUGAGCUAGAUACAGUCAGUUUGCCUCGACAUUUUUUCGGUUUAAUUGUGUUACGUGGAAAUGCACACGCGAUCAAUUUGUAUGGAGCAUUAGACGUUGAAAAAAUUAUCGUACACGGUUAGCAGCUCUAUUGUUGGAUUAGAAAUUGUGACAGGGUAAGCCUCUGUUCACAAAGACGUAAUAAAAGAGGUGUCUCAAGAAUAAUUUGUGCAAUUUAGAUAAGUAAAAGAACUGCAAGGCUCAAAGAAGAAGAAAUCACGUUGAAUAGUGAUUUAAAAGAUGUGAACGUAACUCGAUCCGCGAAGAUAAAUUAUUAUUAAGCUUUUGUUUUCAAUUACACUUAAUAUAAUGUAGUGUUUUUAUUAUAUUUUUUCUUUAUUUUUUUAUUUUUUUAUUCAGACAAUCUUUAUAUUUUUGACAACAAGUUAGUAAGAGAGGGAAAUGUUUUGUUUUUUCUUUUUAGAUAUAAUUAUAACAUUUUCAACCAGUGAAGAACUCUAUUCAAAUGCAAAUAUUAUAAGAUGAGUUGCUGCUAAAGAACUUUGAUUCAUUUUAAGCCACCCCUUAGAUUUUAUUAAUUUAUAUUUAUCCAUAUAGUAAAGAUAAAAUAAUAAUAAUAAACAAUUGAACAAAUUUUAUUGAUAACAAUGCAAACUAUUAAAAUCCUAUACUAUCAAUACACUUUAAAAAACUGCUUCGUCAAAACACUUUUCUAUUUACAAUUCUUUUCGUUUAAUAAAAGAAACGCCUAGCUUUGAUUAGAAAAAAAAAAAUCAUUUACUUAAGAAAUAAAUAAUAAUAAUAAUAGUAAUAAUAAUAAUAAUAAUAAUAAUAAUAAUAAAAAAUAAUCUAAUGAACAUUUUUUUACGUGUAAAAUCUACCAUUUGUUGAAUUAAUUAUUUUUUUGUUUGUGAGUGAUUAGAAAAUAUAUCAGCUUAAUAUUCAGUGGUUUAACGGCUUUUGGCUUAGUUUUAGUAAAUAUUUAGCAUCAUCGCGGACACUGAGUGUCUUUAAAUCAGUUAUCGUCAUGGCUAUGAUCAUUGUUUCUGCUGCUAAGAGAGAGAUAAAUUGACACCUUGUAGCUAUUGUGAUGCGUAGAAACGCACACACGAUCAAUUUGUAUGGAGCUUUAGGCGUUGAAAAAGUAUCUUACACGGCUAGCACCUCUGCUCUUGGAUCAGAAAUUGUGACAUUUUUAGGCAAAUUUCUAUUGACAACGACUCUUUAAGAGCCUUCAAUAAAGAGAUACACAUUUCUUUUUUAAUUCAUAAAUAAAAGAGGUGUCUCACGAAUAAUUUUUUUUCUUAACUGCGCAAUAUUUUUAGAUCAAUAGAACAACUGCAAGGCUCAAAGAAGAAGAAAUCACGUUAAACAGUGAUUUAAAAAAAGUGAACGUUACUCUGUCGGCGAAGGUAAAUUAUUAUUGAGCUUUUCGAUUUCAAUUUCACUUAUUAUAUUUACCCUUUGUUUGUUUUAUUAUUAUUUUUUAAUUCAAAGGCACUCUUUUCUAUUUUUGACAACAACGUGGUAUAGAGAGGCAAAUGAUUUUUACUUAACUAUAAGAUUUUCAACCAGUGUAGAACUCUAUUUAAAUGAAAUAAUAAAAUAGCGCCCAUGAUAGAUUUAUUCUUCAUUAAACUGGCUUCAGUAAUUGCCUAAAAAGCAGUGACUUAAUAGUCUUUAAAUCUAUACCAUUUAUGUUAAGCUUAAAAUAUUAUACCUUCCAGUCUGUCAAAUAGUAUGAACAUAUACAUGCAUUCUUUUACUGUUUUUACUGCUUUAUUCCUUCUUUAGAUAGAACGUAUUGGUAUUAAUAUGACAACACUACUUUCCACGACAAGUUUUAUGGACUAUAAACUCACUGACCUCGAGAAAAGGACG